AUGGAGGAUCCGGCAUGUGACAUUCAUCAACUGUGCAAGGCGGACGAGGAGCUCCGACAACUCUGUUCAUCCAAACUGGAACAGGCUUCACUGACGGAAGCGAAACGGCGUGAGUUGGAAGAGAAGAUGUCGAAGGUGUCUUUCUUGGGAUUCCCAAGUGAUCCUGCUGUGAAAAGGAAGUGGAUUGUGGCAAUCCGGAGAGACGAAGGCAAAUUCUUCAGUGUGAGCCAACACACUAAGGUGUGUUCGAAGCAUUUUGCUGAUACGGACUUCUAUGCCAGCUAUGCAUCAGGAAUAAGGCUUCUCAAAGAAGGUGCCGUUCCCGGCAUAUUUAACUUUCCGGCAAAGUCUGCAAAGCCACCGAGGAAACCUCCUAAAAAUCGUAGCAUGUCAAAUUCUGAAGUGCAUAUGCAACAGCCAUUGGAACAAUACGAUGAAGCAGCUGUUACUGGCCACGAUACCAAUGCUCCUGCAGAACUUGGCAUACCGAAUGCUGAAGUCCAUGUGCAACAGCCAGUGGAAGAGGAAAACGCAACAGCUGUUACGGGUGGGGCUUCUGCAGAGCCUGACAUUACAUGCCUGACUGUGUUUGAAGUGGGGCUUAGACCUGAAGAUGUUGAGAUUACCAUAGACCACGAAAACGAACUGCGAAAGGAGUUACUGGAAGCACAACCAGAGCUGAAAGCUUUGAAAGAAAAACUGAAUGCCAGAGAGCUGGAACUCCAGAAGGCCAAGGACGUAGAACGCGAGCAGAAAGCCACAAAAGAAGCACUUUUCCGUGUUAGCCGGGAGCUAGAAUUGGCCAAAGAGACUUCAGCAAAACUAGAAAAGAAAGUCGGGCGACAGUUUUCCAUAGAUCGGUUCAAGCACAGUGAAGAUGACAUGCGUUUUUAUACCGGUCUUCCAUCCUAUGCUGUGUUCAAGGCGGUACUCAACUAUCUGAACCCUGCUCAGCAGCCACUGUGGAUGUCGAAGGAAAGAGUGCAAGAAGAAAUGCCUCCAGAAAUUAAAGAAACGUACUCUUCUACCAGAGUCAUCUUGGACGCAGCCGAGAUCAAGUGCCACGCAGCAAGCUCUCUUGCUUUGCAGUCAGCAACUUUUUCAACUUACAAGUCGGCAAACACGUUUAAGGGAUUGGUGGGCAUCUCGCCUGACGGUACUGUCACCUUUGUAUCGAACCUAUUCCCCGGCUCCAUAUCCGACAAGGAAUGCAUGAGACAGAGUGGCUUUCUGACACUCCCGUUUGACGAUGGAGAUGUUGUCAUGGCCGACAAAGGUUUCAUUAUUCAGGACAUGCUGAAUGAGAUCAACGUGGGACUGAACACACCGCCAUGCCUUAGAGGGCACUUUAGUGAAGAAGAAAUAAGAGAAACUGAAGAGAUUGCGUCGCUACGUAUACACGUCGAGCGACAAAUACAACGUAUCAAGUGCUUCCAUAUAUUUGACCGUCCCAUUCCUCUUUCACUGGGGCCUGUCAUAAACCAGAUGUGGAUUGUGUGCGCGAUAUUAACUAAUUUUCAGUCACCACUUAUACGUCCGCACGAUGCGUAA